AUGAGCCAGAAAAGCUGUGGGUUGGGAGAGCCUCAUGAGAGCAAGUCUUCCUCGCACACGGAGCAGCCCCCAGCAACCCACCAGCAGCUAAGCAGGAGCUUGGACCCCUCUAAGGAUGACAGGAGUCACCAAGCUACCCUACCCAGCCCUGGCUCCAUGGCCAGCCCAGUGGACGCGUCCCCUGCAGGCCAUGCCAGUGGGUUGGGUCCCCACCGGAGAAAGAGGACCACCUUCAGCAGAGGGCAGCUGCUGGAGUUGGAGCGGGUGUUUGCAGCACGGCCUUACCCCGACAUCGGCACCCGUGAGCACCUGGCCCGGGUCACCUGCCUCCCUGAGGCCAAGAUACAGGUGUGGUUCCAGAACCGCAGAGCCAAGAGAAUCAAGAAUAGGAAGCCAGGAGGCCUAAGUCCCAGGCCCGAGCCUCCCCAGAGAUCCCGUUCUCUUCCGGACGCCAUCCAGCAGUCCUGGGAGCCCCGCACCCUUGGCCAGCCUCCACCCUCCAACAGCACAGCUCAGUGUGCCUCUGUGUGUCGACAUGCCUCCUGUCCAGCUCCUGGCUUGGGUCCAGGGCAGGGCUGGGUAGGGGCUAAAGCUAUGGCCCCAUGGGGACCAGCUGGGGCUUCAGGGGUCCACGUCUCUUCAGAGCGAGCUACUCCCCAGACCUCACUGGGCAGCCUGUCUGACCUCAUCUAUGCCUCGGCCAUUGUCACCAACCUGGACCACUCCUAA